UAGGCAGCGAUUUCCGGUCCGUUUCCCGUGUUCCGUGACUGAAUCGAUACCACGCGAUAAAAAUGGUUCCCUGGGGUCUCAUUGUCAGCGUCGCGGCGUACGCGGCAUUCCCGCAGCACCGCACGGUUAUCGUCGCGGUUAGCGCCGUCGGGAGCCUGGUGCGCGGCGGCAAGAAGAAGGGAAAGGCCGUGCGGCACAAGUCGUUCGUCGCCGGGGACCCCGACCGCGGCGUGAAGCUCGAAUGGAGCAGCAUCACGUGCCAGCUGCUCGAUAAGAAGGGCAACGAGGUGAAGAAGCUGCUGGACGGCUUGAAUGGGAGCGCGAGGCCCGGUCGCCUGCUGCGAUCAUGGGGCCGUCGGGGUCGGCAAGACGACGCUGCUCAACACGCUGGCCGGCCAGCUGCCCAAGAGCAGCAAGAUCGCCCUCUACGGAUCCAUCCGCGCUAAUGGCGUCCCCAUCGCCGAUUCAUGGCACAAGCAGGUGUACGUGCGCCAGGAGGACAUCUUCUUCUCGCAGCUCACGGUGCGAGAGACCCUGGUGACGGCGGCGAAGCUGCAGCUGCCGUCGUCCAUGUCGGACGAGGAGAAGGAGCAACACGUGGAGCAGCUGCUGCAGCACCUGGGACUGUCAGCCUGAGUCGAGUGAGUCAUCAGAUUGACCUUUCAAUUUCAGCUUCACAAGAGCAGCACGUGGAGCAGGCAGCACCUGGGGCUGGUGAGUCUGUCGGUCUGGCGAGUCACUCUAUGUAACAGCGUGCGGAACAGCCUAUUUGAUUGACUUCGAGU